CAGCCGGGCCCGGGCCGCGCUGGGUGCAGCAUGGCAGGGGAGCCGCGCAGCCCGCCGGUGAAGGUGCUGGCCGCCCAGCUGAGGCAGUGCCGGCGGGCCGCGGGCGGGCCCUGGCUGCUGGGACGGGAGGAGGCCGGGAAGGGCCCGCUGGCGGUGCCGGUGGUGUGGAUGCAGGGCACGGUGCUGGCGGUGGAGGCCGGGGGCGCCCGGGGCGGCUCGGCCCGGCUGCAGGACGAGAGCGGCCCCUUCACGGUGCUGGGGGUGGAGCGGGUCCCCAAAGGGCGGCCGUGCCUCAGCGCAGGAAAGUAUGUAAUGGUGAUGGGCUUGGUACACUCCUGCAGUCCAGAGCCUAUUCUUCAAGCUGUGAAGAUGACAGAUCUUUCUGAUAAUCCUAUACACAGGAGCAUGUGGAGCUUUGAAGUGGAGGAUUUGCACAGAAACAUUUCUUAGAUGCUGUGUAUUUUUGUCAGCAGUCCAAAGGACCUGGAAACAUAAAUGUUUGCUUUUACACCACAUGGACCUCAGCUCAAAGCAUUAGACUCUCAGGAGUAGUUAUAGCCUCAUCUGGAGAAUACUUUGAUAGUCAAAUAACUUAGUCCACUAACUAACAGUUUUAAGAGUUAUGGACAGGAGACCAAACUUACCAUUGGAGAAAAUGGGUACAGCUCUAUUGACUUCAGUGAAUUUGACUGAGAUUCAAGAUUUAGAGAUCUUUAUGCUCAUGAUAACUCAUAGGGAGAUGGUUCAUUCCCUGCUCCAGUAAUGCUUUAUGCCAACAGACUAAACUGCAUUAAUUUUCCAGAUAAUAGUGGGUAUUUCAAUACUAGCUCCAUUAUUAUAGCUGUCAUCUGUUAGAAUGUAGGGCUAGGCAGUCAUAGUACCAUAUUCUGUCCUCCAUUUUGCAUAACACUCUUGCUGCCAGUGUGAAUUCUAUACCUAGAAUAAGGGCAAAAUGUGGUCCAUACUGUUUAGAUUGUGUUUACGGUAAGGAAAUGGUACUUUGGCUCCAUGCUUUUUCUUUCAAUAACAUCCGUAUCCAGUUUGCUUUGUUGACAAGACAUAUGUUUUUUCUAACUGUAACCAUAGUUCGGUGCCUAAAACUCUGCGGGUACAGGAUUCAUCUCUACAAUAUUAAGAGUAGCAUGGUAACAAAACCUAUACUUCCAGUAAACUAAACAGAGAUUUGACACAGACUCACAGGGAGUAGAUUUAUCCAGGUCCAAAAAGUAAGUACUCUCACCACAUCACACAGUAAGAUUACCUCAGCCUAAUUAUGCAUCUUUAUAUUAAGUUUUCUUUCCCUGGAAAGACAGUGUUCCAGCAUACACUCUCUCUUUAAAGUUACUGUUAAAUGUAUAUUAUUUUUACCUUUGUUACAUCCUCUUCCUGUAAAGGACAAGUGUAUGAUACUGCUCUUUUGCCCCCAAAAUAUUGUAUUUGGUCAAGUUUCAAUGAUAAUUCAUGCGUCCUAAAUAAAUACCACGUUAUCCAUAUACUGUAGCUCUGUAGGUUGGGGGGAAAGAGACAAGUUCAACAGUAUCAAAUAACAAUGUUAACUAACUUUGAGCCUAUGAAAACAAGCUUUUUGCCUUACUAUAAACCACAAACUGAAUUUAAGAUUAGGUAUUGCACUUUGAACAGUGCUUUUUCUCACAAUUCUAUCUUGAAGUAAAUAUUGUCCCCAUAUUUACAGAGGCCCCUUUGAGGGUGUUGAUGAAAGCGCUUCGAUUAGAACUUUGGGACUGCAUACUUCCAUCCCUGAGUGACCAUGUCACUUCAGAGACCUUUAUAACUUUAUAACUGAGGGGUUGUAUUAAAUGAGACCUUGUUGAUUAUAUGUGGGAUAAGCCAAGACGGGUGUACAGAAUUUUGACAGUAUGGGUUAAUUUUUUUUUUUAAUGUUGGGGAAAAAGUCCACUUGUAAAAUGUAGCCUGCCAGCAAAUUCUCCUCGGUGUCAACAUUGUCAGACAACCAUUUUUAGUUGUUUGGUAGCAGGUCCCUUCACGUCUUAAUGGUUCUUAUUCUAAGCACUUGAAUUUCAUCUCAGAAUGAAGAAAAACAAAGUUCACCUUGACAUGCAUGGGAAUUAGAUUGUGUGUAAAAAGUUUUGAUGAAAAGGGCCAAAUUCAAACCUUGUGUAAGGGAGUGCAACUCUGCUGGCUUCAGUAGACUUGUACCACUUACAUCGCAGCUAAAUGUCGUGAUGUCGUGGUCGGAGUCUGC